GCCCCGGCCUUCGACCACGAUGAAGCGUCUGGUUCUGCUGUGCGUCCUGCUGGUCGCCUCUCGGGCCAAGGUCUUCGAGAAAUGCGAGCUGUCCCAGAUGUUGAAAGCCAACGGCCUGGACGGCUUCCAAGGCAUCACUCUGGAGGAAUGGAUCUGCAUAGCCUUUCACGAGAGCGGUUUCGACAGCAGGGCCCUCAACUACUACAACGGCAGCAGCAGCCACGGGCUCUUCCAGAUCAACAGACAAUACUGGUGUGACGGCCAAGACGCCAAAUCCACCGAGCCCUCCGUGAAUGCCUGCCAGAUAUCUUGCGACAAGCUCCGGGAUGAUGACAUCACAGAUGACAUCAAGUGCGUCAAGAAGAUUUUGAAGGAAUCUCAAGGGAUCACAGCCUGGGAAGCCUGGCAGCCCUUCUGCUGCGCCGACCUCGAUCAGUGGAAGUGCUAG